AUGAAGCCGAUGACGAUUUGCCUCGCGCUCAGCGCAGCACAGUUAGCCGUGUGCGCCCCGAUUCCCAGGCAUUGGAUAGAAAAAAGAGACGAGGUCUUGGUCUCGGGCAGGGAGCAUAAUGGUGCGACACCGUCCAAGGCCUGGCUGAUCGAUGACAACCAAAACGGCAAUCAGGGCAAAGACACAGCGACAGAUGGACAGAACCCUUUAAUACUACCUCGGCCAAAGAUCCCUCAGCUUAGCCUUGUCUAUCCGCUUUCGAGACACAGAAUACCCAACGGAGAGAAACAAAGAGAUGCCGAGAACGAUCUGAUCCGUUUGCCCUACCAAGUGGAUGCUGCUGGCCCGCCCCAGCCUGGCAUGCCGUGCCACCAAGGCCGGCCUUCCCACGAUCGUAACAACAUGAUCAUCGUCUACUUGGCUGCGGCAUUCAUGGUCGUGGUUGUCGUUGUAGAAGCGUGGGGGGGUGCUUUUAACGGGCAAGGCGCUAUUCGACUCGAUGAAACUACCGGCCGGGCGCCAGCCUCGGUCCGAGCGGACGCAGACGACCGAGAUAAUUCACUGGAUGAGAAGCACUCUGUGUGA